AUGUCUCAAGGGGGUUUCUCGAAUCACUCACGUUCAAUUUUGGGUUGGAACUCUAUGGAAAUUGAUAACGGUCAUCACGCUUUGAGCUUGUCAGGGGUUUUGUUGCCUACACUACAGCUUUUUAGCAGCAUUCCAGAAUAUGUGAAGAUAGUGGAAGUUGGUCCAAGGGAUGGAUUGCAAAACGAGAAGGAUACUGUACCUACUACUGUAAAGAUUGAGCUGAUCAAAAUGCUUGCUUCUUCAGGGUUGCCUGUUGUCGAGGCCACGAGUUUUGUUUCCCCAAAAUGGGUACCGCAGCUAGCAGAUGCAAAGGAUGUAAUGGAAGCAAUCAGAGAUUUUCAAGGUGCUCGAUUUCCAGUUUUAACUCCUAAUCUAAAAGGCUUUGAAGCAGCUGUUGCAGCUGGAGCCAAGGAAGUGGCUGUCUUUGCCUCUGCUUCAGAGGGUUUCUCAAAAUCAAACAUUAAUUGCAGCAUUGAAGAUAGUCUUGUUCGUUUUCAUGAAGUGGCCCUUUCUGCCAGCAAGCUUUCAAUUCCUGUACGUGGCUAUAUAUCGUGUGUUGUGGGGUGUCCUGUUGAAGGAAUGGUUUCUCCGUCUAAAGUUGCAUAUGUGGCCAAAAAGCUUUGUGACAUGGGUUGCUAUGAAAUUUCUCUUGGUGAUACAAUUGGAGUUGGUACUCCUGGCACUAUCAUCUCAAUGCUCGAAGCUGUUAUUGAUGUUGUCCCUCUUGAAAAGCUUGCUGUCCACUUUCACGAUACUUAUGGGCAAGCUCUUUCAAAUAUUCUAGCAUCACUUCAAAUGGGGAUCAGCACAGUUGAUUCAUCAGUUUCAGGUCUGGGGGGUUGCCCGUAUGCUAAAGGUGCUUCUGGAAAUGUUGCUACUGAAGAUGUUGUUUACAUGCUCAAUGGUCUAGGGGUCAAGACCAAUGUGGAUCUACAAAAGAUCAUGUUGGCAGGGAAUUUCAUCUGCAAGCAUUUGGGACGCCCUUCUGGUUCGAAAACAGCAAUUGCCUUAACCAAAAUCACUGCUAAAGCCUCCAAGCUUUAA